AUGUCAUCAUCCUUUUUGUUCCUCCUAUGUUCUUGUCUCAUCAUUUUCUUAGCUUCUCCAAACACCCCUGUUGAAGCUGCAAUGCAGUUCCAAGUUGGUGGUCACCUUGGCUGGCAUGAACCCAAUGAGACUGAGUUUUACACCCAAUGGGCUGAAAGGAACAGAUUCCAAAUUGGAGACUCUCUUGUUUUUGAGUACCAGGAUGACUCUGUUCUCAGUGUGGAGAAAAGUGAUUACUUUGAUUGUGACACAAGUGACCCCAUCACUGCUUUUGACAAUGGGAAAAGCACUUUCAACCUUGAAAGAUCUGGAGCAUUCUACUUCAUCAGUGGAACUGGUGAUCACUGCAAAAAUGGGCAAAAGUUGCUUGUGGAGGUUAUGUCUCAGCAUCCAGGUAUCAAAUCUCCACCACCAGUUUCUGAAGCCCCUGCAAAUGCUCCUCAAGGUUUCUCAGGAAUGGCUCCUUCACCUCAAAGUUUCUCAGACAGUGCUUCUUCACCUUCUGAUGGCUAUGAGUCUUCAGCAUCUGUGAUGCUAAUUAGUUCAACUUUUGUGGCUCCUUUGGUCAUGUUUGUUUCUGUGCUGCUGUUAGCACACUGA